AAAAUAAAAUAAAAUAAAUCAUUCAAUGAUGUCAUCUCUUUUUAACAAAAAUGAAUUAUGGAUGAUGAAUGGGGCUCUCUCUCUGACUAGUGUUUCCUGUUGUCAGGUGGUUCACCUGGGAUGGUCACAUGCCUCCUCUGCGAUUUCCAACCAGGGGCGGACUGACCAUUUGGAAACUCAGGCACUGCCCGAGGGCCCGGGGUCAGUAGGGGGCCCCAUGAGAUGCCCCUGGUACCUUUUUCAUAGGCUUUUUUGAGUUUGGGCAAAGACACAGGGGCCCCAUGAUCCCCUAUUGCCCGGGGGCCCCAUGAGUUGUCAGUCCGCCCCUGUUU